AUGGCGACAAACGAAACAUCGACGAAUGGACCUGCUGAAUCACUUUCUUCAAGGCAAAACACAUCAGAUUUUGCUAACGAUCCGCGCAUGCAUUUUAUUGAGGCAAUAGGAAAAUGGACUUUUACAAGUGACGACGGCCUCACAUGGGAAUACGAUGAAAAAAAACAAGAGUGGUGUCAAAUGGAUGAAGAAUCAUCCCUGAAAAUUCAGCAAUUAGCGUAUUCAGUUCCGGGUGUAAACGAAAGCGAACCAGCUGCUCCAGUAGUCCGGACAAAACGAAAGAAUGUAUAUACUACGAAUGAUAAUGAAGAUCAAAAUAACAAAAAGCAAAAAUCGAAUAAUUCGCAAAAGAAAAAGCCAAACACUUCUGUCUACGUUAGUGGAUUGCUACCUAACGUCACUGUCGAAGAAUUGGCAGAAGUAUUCUCAAAAUAUGGUUUAUUACUUGAAGACCUACAAACGGGUGGUCCGAAAAUAAAGCUUUACAAAGAUGAUCAAGAUCGUCUCAAAGGCGACGCUUUAGUGACUUAUUUGAAAGAGGAAUCUGUGAUUCUAGCUUGCCAAUUAUUGGAUGACACAGAUCUUCGACCAAAUGAAGCAUCUAAAAUAAGAGCCCAAUUCAAAGAGAAGGAACCCAAACCUGAUGGGCAAAAUGAACAAACCAAUAGUGGAAAAGUUGAUAAACGUAAAGCUCAAAAGAAAUUGCAACAGCUUGAAAAGAAAUUGGAUUGGUAUGAAUCAGAACCUGGUAAAAAGGCCGAAAGACAUAAUAAAAUAGUGAUAUUAAAAUACAUGUUUACAUUAGAAGAAUUAGAGAAUGAUGUUAGUAUGAUUCUUGAUUUAAAACAAGAUAUUCGUGAGGAAUGUGAAAAAUUAGGUGAAGUUACGAAUGUUAUUCUUUAUGAUAAAGAACCCGAAGGUGUGGUAUCGGUAAAAUUCAAGGAAAAACUAAGUGCAGAUGCAUGCGUAUUGAAAAUGAAUGGUAGAUUUUUUGCAGGUCGUCGAAUUGAAGCACAAAUUUUUGAUGGUAAACGAAAAUUCCAAAAAACUGGAUCCAAAUCCAACGAAACAGAAGAAGAAGAAUCCAAACGAUUGGAAAAAUAUGCCAAAUGGUUGGAAAAAGGAGAAAAAGAGGAAAAAGAGGAAAAAGGGGAAAAAGGAGAAAAGAGAGAAAAAGGAGGUGAUAGUAGACAAAUUAACGUAUAA